AUGCUAAAUGCGAAAAUCACUUGGAACUCUUUCAUCAAAUUAUGGAAUGGACAAGAUGAUGUUAACGUGUUUUCCUGGCGAAAUUCUGAUACCAAAAAGAAAUAUUCGGAAUGUGAAAAACCUGUUCCUUCAGCAUCUACAAUUAGUAAUAACACACUCGAUUCGACAUCGUCAUUAUCGUCAUCAUUAUAUAACAAUAUGCUUGAACAAAAGUCAUUUGAAUCCAAGAGUGUUGAUGUAGGACACAAAAACGUAGAAACUAAUGGAAAUUCAUGGACUUCAUUCCUAUAUUCCAUGAAAUCUAAAGAACCUAGUGUCUCAACUGCACCUACUACAUCACCAAGAAAACAGACCUUUGAAACAGAAAAUAAAAUAAAAUCGACAAAUAAAGGUGGCGAUACUGAAUUAAUUAACUUGAAAACUAAUAAUUCAGAUUUUGAAUUGACAAUUGAUUUAUUGUAUUCUGAUUUUAAAAAUAUUAGUUCUAGUUCAUUAUCAUCAGAAUUUGGAGAAAUGGUUUCAGCAAAUGAUUUGGAAAAUCAUAAUAAAUUAAUAUUAACUGCAGAUUUAAUUGAUUUCACUAGUUGA